AUGGCGUCCACCACAGAUAAUAUAAAUCAAAAAUGUGACAAUGAUAGAUUACCGAGCUUAAAAGAUAUUAAAAAUACAGAGGAAGUUACUGAGCGUAAGAUAGGUAUGAAUUAUAACUUGUACAAGAUGAGAAGACCACACUUGUUAUACAAUAGUUCAGGCUACAGAGAGGAGCAGUUCAGAAGAUUGAAGAAGGAGUAUGGGUUUUAUAGCUACUGUAUGUUGAGUGUAGGCAUCAGCUUUGUUCUUGGCUUGGUGAUUGGAGCAGCUAUAGUCGGCUCACCGGCCACUUCUCCUAAUUUUAUUCAGAGAAAAUUAGAAAGAAACAGCACGACUAAACUUGGAGUUAAUCAUGAGAGAUUGAACUCUUUGAAACUGAUAGAAUACCCUGAUGAUGAAAGGAAGAAAGAAAGGGAUGGUGAUAGAUUCUCGGCUGUGUCCUUUGUAGGGUCUGAUGAUCCACGUAAAUAUAAGCUUGAUGUGUAUCCAAAAGGCUUAACUGAUGAUAUGAGAGAAAUCCUUAAAGACACUAAAGGUAGCGACCACAAACAUUCACUGCCAGAAGUCGUCAAUACAAUGGUUCAUGUUCCUAGCGAUGAUACUGUGUUAUAUAAUAAUAUUUAUUGGGGACCAGAGGUUGAGAACUCCAUGCCGCAAGGAUAUGGAGAGAAUUCGGCUCAGAUUUGGGAGAAAUACGUCGAUCAAAGCGAAGUUAUCAAGAUGGAAGCAGGUUGUGGAAGGAUGCAGAAUAGAUUAAUAACAUUCCAGGACGGAAUCCAGGCUUGUGUCCGUUACAGACAGAACACGGAUCAGAUCCAGGGAGAGAUCUUCAGUUUCUACGUCGCCAGGCUUCUAAACCUAACCAAUUUGGCGCCCUCUGUAGUCAAGGUUGUGGAUUUAAAGGAUAAGCUGUGGCAGAACGUAGCCAAUGACAUCGCAACCGCUCAAUGGAACACCAAUCGCGCUGUGGUCAUCACGCAGUACAUACCAAGCUUGGACUCAGCUACCAUACCAGAAAUAUUCAAACCUUCAUCACGACAUCUGAAUAAAAUUGACAUUUACAAGAUGUCUGUCACAGAAAAGAAUGAUACAAAACAGUUGCUUAUAGAUAAAAUAAGAUCGAAGAACAUUAAGACUAAAACAGAAGUUGAGGAAAAUUUUGAUUAUAUAGAUGCUAAAUUAAACAAGAAGACGAUUGAAUUAUUCGUUGAGUUGGCGCAGUGGUCUGAUCUGAUAGUAUUCGACUAUUUGACAGCAAAUUUGGACAGAAUAGUCAACAAUCUAUUCAAUUACCAGUGGAAUAUUAACAUAAUGGAUGGACCAGCUCACAAUCUGGCGAGGAAGAUGGACAGUGGACUACUUCUGUUCCUGGAUAAUGAAUCCGGUCUUCUCCACGGGUACAGACUGCUGAAGAAGUACAACACCUACCAUAGUCUCAUGCUGGAUAACUUGUGUGUAUUCAGGAAGAAUACUGUCGACGCAUUGAAGACCAUGUACAAAUUAUCCAUAGGAAAGAAGUUAAGUGAAGUUUUCCACCAGAAAAACAGUGCAGUGAUCAGAGAUAUAUUGCCUCCUUUACCGGAGAAAAAUGCCAAAAUUCUCCACGAGCGUAUAGCCAAGGUGUUAGCCCAGGUUGAUAAAUGCAGACAAAGUUUUGGUGAACAUUAG